CCGCGGCAGUCGCGUGGUCCCCGCGCGGCUCCAUAUUGCGGCGGCACCGGGGUCGGGGGGUUCCCGGCGGGGCUCGGGGGCGCGCAGAUGGCGACGCAGGUGGAGGCGCUGCUGCCCGGCACGGCCCCGCUGCUGCCCGCCGAGGAGCGCGCCCUGGUGCUGAAGCCGCCGCAGGACGGCGGCCGGGAGAAGGGCGAGCCGCCCAUGGGCCCCGACGGCGGGCCGGCGGCGCCGAGGCCGCCCAGCGCCAAGCAGCAGAAGGAGGAGAGCAACAACCAGGAGAAGGAGAGCCUGCUGAGGGCCGGCGGCGAGGCGGAGGACGGCGGCGAGGCGGGCGGCGCGGGGCGCCGGGAGUUCAUCGAGGCCCCGCCGCCCAAGGUGAACCCCUGGACGAAGAACGCGCCGGCCGUGAACGGGCAGUCGCCUCCCGAUAUAUUUCCAACUGAUGGCCAGUCUGAACUUACAACUCCAGCGAAAGUGGUGAGGGCUGCCAACCCGAGACAGAGGAAAGGAAGCAAGGUUGGUGACUUUGGUGAUGCCACAAAUUGGCCAACACCUGGAGAAAUAGCCCACAAGAGCGUCCAGCAGCCACACAAAGCACCGUCCCUUCGGAAGCUGCCUGUCAAGAAGGACAUGAAAGAGCAGGAAAAGGGGGAUGGGAGCGAUGGCAAAGAGAGCCUGAAAACCAAAUCGGAUGAGUCUGGGGAGGAGAAGAAUGGUGAUGAUGACAACCAGAAGUCAGCCCAGAAGAAGAAAGGCAGCAAACACAAGUGGGUCCCUCUGCAGAUAGACAUGAAGUCAGAGGUGCCCAGGGACAAAACGGCCUCUCGGAACAACCGGCAGAACGAGCAGCACAGGCACCCCUCCAACAACCGCGGCGAGCUCAAAGGCUGGCACCCCGACAACAAGCACGAGCGCAGCUGGCAGGACCACGAUGAGACCUCCAGCGUGAAGAGCGAGGGAGGGGCCGUGCGAGGAACCUUCCGGGGCCGGGGCCGCGGCCGGGGCAGGGGCCGUGGCCGUGGCAGAGGAGGGCACUUUGACUACCAGUAUGGAUACCGGAAAUUCGAGGGCUCGGACGGCUCCCGCACCCAGAAGUACGCCAGCAACAUCACCUACUACUUCGACAACAUCAGCAGUGCUGAGCUCUACAGCGUGGACCAGGAGCUGCUCAAGGACUACAUCAAGAGGCAGAUAGAAUAUUACUUCAGCGUGGACAACCUGGAGCGGGACUUCUUCCUGCGCCGCAAGAUGGACUCGGACGGCUUCCUGCCCAUCACGCUGAUCGCCAGCUUCCACCGUGUGCAGGCACUGACCACCGACAUCAGCCUCAUCAUCAAGGCUCUGAAGGACAGCAAGGUGGUGGAAAUCGUAGAUGAGAAGAUAAGGAGAAAAGAGCAGCCAGAAAAAUGGGCUCUGCCUGGCCCUCCUAUGGCAGACUACACACAGACAGACUUCUCACAGUUCAUCAAUUGCCCUGAGUUUGUGCCCCGGCAGAGCUUCCAGAAAGAGACUGAGUCUGCUCCAGGCUCCCCACGUGCUGCCAGCCCAGUCCCCACCAAAACAGAGGAGGUCAGUAACCUGAAGACAAUGCCCAAGGGCCUGUCCACAAGUCUGCCAGACCUGGAUUCAGAGACAUGGAUUGAAGUGAAGAAGAGACCCCGACCUUCCCCAGCCAGGCCCAAGAAACCAGAGGAGUCAAAGACACCACAGCAGCAGAAGCAAAAGGACCAAGACGAACCUGAGGAGCUCGACUUCCUCUUCGACGAGGAGAUGGAGCAGAUGGAUGGCCGCAAGAACACCUUCACCGACUGGUCAGACGAGGACUCGGAUUACGAGAUCGACGACCGCGACGUGAACAAGAUCCUCAUCGUGACACAGACCCCUCCGUACCUGCGCCGCCAUCCCGGCGGGGACCGGACUGGCAACCACACCUCCAGGGCUAAAAUGAGCUCGGAGCUGGCCAAGGUGAUCAAUGAUGGGCUGUACUACUAUGAGCAGGACCUGUGGACAGAGCAGUUUGAGCCAGAGUAUUCUCAGAUCAAGCAAGAGGUGGAGAACUUCAAGAAGGUGAAUAUGAUCAGCAGGGAGCAGUUUGACACCCUGACCCCAGAGCCCCCCGUGGAUCCAAACCAGGAAGUCCCUCCUGGUCCCCCCAGGUUCCAGCAAGUACCUACAGACGCUUUGGCCAACAAGCUCUUCGGAGUCCCUGAGCCCUCCACCAUCGCCCGCUCUCUGCCCACCACCGUCCCAGAAUCGCCCAACUACCGCAACGCCAGGACGCCCCGCACGCCGCGCACGCCGCAGCUCAAGGACCCGACGCAGACGCCCCGGUUCUACCCAGUGGUGAAGGAGGGCAGGACGAUAGAUGCCAAGACGCCGCGCAAGAGGAAGACGAGGCACAGUUCGAACCCUCCGAUGGAGUGCCACGUGGGCUGGGUGAUGGACUCCAGGGAGCACAGGCCCCGGACUGCCUCCAUCAGCUCCAGCCCCUCGGAGGGGACCCCGGCCGUCGGGAGCUAUGGCUGCACGCCGCAGUCCCUGCCCAAGUUCCAGCAUCCCUCACACGAGCUGCUCAAGGAGAACGGCUUCACACAACACGUCUACCACAAGUACCGGCGGCGCUGCCUUAACGAGCGAAAACGACUGGGCAUUGGUCAGUCCCAGGAGAUGAACACGCUUUUCCGCUUCUGGUCCUUCUUCCUCCGAGAUCACUUCAACAAGAAAAUGUACGAGGAGUUCAAGCAACUGGCUGUGGAGGAUGGGAAGGAGGGAUACAGGUACGGUCUGGAGUGCCUUUUCAGAUACUACAGCUACGGGCUGGAGAAGAAAUUCCGGCCAGACAUAUUUAAGGACUUCCAAGAAGAGACCAUCAAGGAUUACGAAGCUGGGCAGCUCUAUGGGCUGGAAAAGUUCUGGGCCUUCUUAAAAUAUUCCAAAGCCAAAAAUCUGGACAUUAACAGCAAACUGCAAGAAUACCUCAGCAAGUUCAAGCGCCUCGAGGACUUCCGAGUAGAUCCACCCAUGGGGGAAGAAGGUGGACACAAGAGAUACCCUACGACGUCCGGGGGAGAUGGCAGGAAGCGCUACCCAUCCCAGUCUUCCAGCAAAACGGUCAGCCAGUGCCCAUCCAGCCAAGCCCACGCCUCACCCAGCCAGCCUGCACAAGAGGAUGCCAAAAACCUGAGCCAGCAAUCCCCUGCCCCGUCAGCUGCAGAGUCGCAGACAGUGGGGAAGUAGAGAGGCUGCAGCGUCCGCUUCCUGCCGGGGGUGGGGUGGGUUGGUGGGGAAUGGCUCAGAGAAGGCAGACAUGAGGGGGUGGGACAGGAAAGGAGCUGCAAGGUGGGUUCCCAGGAAUAGGCUGCUUGGGAGAAACUUCAACGCACACGAUUUUCUUCUCUUGUGGCUGGAAAGCAAAGACGAUCUGCAUCCCAAACACCGUUUUGCUAUUACUACCCUGACCAGAGCCAGACCCGCUCCCAGCAGACCCAAGCUUUCCCUUCUCUCUCCUCCUGUGCACACACUCAUGUCUUAGUGUCUCUUAAAAAAAAAAUGUGUUCUGGCUGGGUUGGAAAGGGGAGAUUUUUUUAUUAUUAUAUAUAUAUAUCAAGUUUUAAAUUAUUGCUAGAAGUUCGUCUGGAUUUACCAAAACAAGUCUGCUCUGUGUGGCCCCAACGAGUCCCCUCUGUGUCCCCCUCGGAUCGCGGGGCAGCCGCUCAGGAAGCUCGGAGGAGCGAGGUUCCCCAGUGGGGGACCGAAGCCACAGCGUGUGACGAUGCUGCGGAGCCUCUGAUCUCCAUGACCUGGCUGGCGUCUCCCAUCCCACGUGCGGCGGUGCCUCUCCAACACCGACCUCUGACAGGAGCAUCGCCCUGUUCGUUCUCCCGCUCCCUUCUCCCCAGCGUCUUCACCUUCCCGAGGGUCUGGCUCUCCCUCUGUCCACCUCUCCCUUCUGUCACGGACAAUUUGGAAGUGAACCAAAGGACCUUUGCCAAGGAUAGGCUCGUUCUGACUCCUUCCUGCGAGGAUGGCUGGUUGGGAGGCUGCAGGCACCUGGACUCAAGCCUGUGUGGACGGUGCACCCGCUGCCCCAGGAAUGCCCAUCGCUUGCAAAGACAGGACUUUGCUGAAGGAGCUUUUCUCUUCCUUUUCCCUUGGAAAAAAUGACAUAACGAAAAAAAAUUCCCACAAACCCCUCUAAAACAACAGAAAAACUCUUUUAAAAAAAAGACACAUCCCCCUUUGCUUUCUCCCUUGGAAAUAUUACUGAAGAAAAGAAAAAAAAAACAAACAAAAAACCCCAAAAAUACACAAAAAAAAAGUUGCCUUAUGGUGGAGCUGGAGCAGGGAGGCUUGUUGGCUUCCUGCACCAUGGGGUGCACUGGGCUCUUGGCUCCCCCCAGGCCCAGAGACUCCUCACGGCAUUGCUGCCCAGCUGAUCUUCCCUGCGGCCUUUGCUCUGCCCACGCAGCUCGCUUGGAGCCUCCUGGGCAGGGGCUGAGGGCAGUCACAGCCCAGGCUCGUGCUCACGCCGCAGUCGCAGCCCUGUGUUGGUACUGUGGCAGCCUUGUCCCCACCACAGUGACUGUUCUGUCGUGGCCUUGCUCGCACCCCCAGCCCUCCCUGGGCAGGAGGUGGCUCUGCUCCUGUCUGUGCUUCCAGCUGGUUGGGGAGUGAGCAAGGAGAUUGUCACAGCAGCUGGGGGCUGCUCCUGGCUGGCAGCGAGGGCUGCUGCUGCUGUAGCCUGACAGGGAGCGAGGCAGCCCUGGAAAGCUGUCCACAGCAGCCACUGGCUCAGGGCUGCCGGUGGGACUUGUGCAGGGGUGAGCAGGAGCUGCCUGGCACAGGAGAGCUCUCGCCUGGGUUUCCCUGUGUGUUGUGUUGUGGCAGGCACCUGCAUGGAGUCUCCCACUCAGGGCUCAGUCCCUGUGCAUUUCCAAGGGCCGAGUUGACACCGUGUGUAGCUCCUUACUCAGCUGAGGCAGGGGGUGACUGCAGAGCUGCUGUGGCAUUUACUUGAUUCAUCCUUACACCCAGCACCAGGUGGACUUUGGCGGGCAAACCCUCCCCAGGCUGUGAGCUGGACCCUUUGUGAGGGGCACGUGUGGGGUGUGAGAUCUCUGAGAUGUCCAGUGCUGUCUCUGGAGGUGCUCCAGAGGUAGCACUGGGAAGCUGUGUUCCUUUCCAGUCAGACCUGCUUGCCUUGCUGCCACCGUGCUCCUUCUGCUGGAUCCCUGAGAUACCAGGCUUGGCUGUGGCUCCGUCCCUGUGAGCUCCAGAGCUGUGCUCCUGUGUGCAGCGGGCAUGUGGUGCACCACUCAAAGGGUGCAGCUCCCUGGGUUGCCCUUUCUACCAAGUCGCAAGCUGGUACUGAACAGUGUUUUCCCGAGGGAUCCAGCUGAUCCAGAGCUGGGAGGAGUCAUUAUCUCUCCAGGGCUGUCCCUGUGUGGCUGCAGGGUGCGUGGGUGGGAGCAGCCAGGAACUGAGAGCAGGAGCAGGAGGGGAAGCAUGGCCAAGCAAUGGCUGUGGGUGCUUGUGGGGUCCUGGCUGAGGCCAUCACAUCCCAAACUGACCCUGCCUCCAGGAUGCCGCCUUUGUGGGGCAGGUGGGCUGGUCCAGCUGGAGAGGCUUCAUGAACUGCUGCUAGAAUCGAAAGCACAGCUGGGUUUGAGAGGCUGGGGAGCUGCUGCUUGGCUGUUUCCUGGUGGUGUGAUCCUGCCCUGGUCCUUCCACCCCUGCCGUGUCACCUGCAGCUGGUACCACUCACAGGCUGAUUGCAGCAGGCGCGCCCAUCCAAGGCCGUGGAUCUCCGUUAUGGCAGCAGUGCUCUGGGGUUGUGGGAACUGGGCAAGAUGGGCAAAAGUAACACUUGUACAGUGCUGUGGCCGUGACUGUUAUCUCUGGAUUUCCCCUCUUGUGAGCUGGAGUCAGAUCUCUGAGGUUACAUUUAUAGUAGGCGGGUUUGUCCCACAUUUGGGAAGGAGGAGGCUGGAGAGUCAAUCAAGGACAUUGUAGAUGUGUUGCUGGUUGUUUGCAAGUGGAGGCAGGUCUGGAUGUGCCACAGGUGAUCAUUGCUGCUGUGUCUGUGCUCCUUUUGUUGGUGUGCGUGCGUGGCUCUCUUGAAGCCAAUUGUCUGUGUUUCAGCAACAAAUUCAUAGGAAAUGGGGAGGGAUGAGCUGCUGCUAUGGAAUUGUUGCUUGUAGAGCAGACUGUGGAAUUGCUUGGGUUGUAGAAGAGGUAGGACAUUUCCCAGAGAAUUUCUGAAAAUACUGAUUCUAAAUAAUUUUUAAUUUCUGAUCCUGAGGCUCUAGUCUUGGCAUAGAAGUGUUUUCCCUUCCCCCUCUGCCAGGUCAGUGGUUUGUCACACUAGUGUGUGCACCCAGGGGAAGGUGGGUCAGAAGAGCAAUCCCAGUGGUCCCAGUGCCCUCCCGGUUUGUGGACCGUGUGCCUUGUUUAGCUGUCCAUGGGACAGCAGUGGGCAGGACAGAGCAAAGAUGGAUGUGACAGUCCAGGCAGCUGCUGCUGGCUCACGCCUGUGUUCCUGCAGGGAAAGGAGCACAGAGCUGCUCCCUCCUGCUCCGGGCCAGGGUGGGUGCUGGCAGAGGGCAGGGAGCUCCCCCGGUGCGUGGUCUGUGCCCAGCUGGGUCACGAGUGGCUGCGGCAAGGCUCGUGUCCCCACUGGAUAAAGGGACAUCUGUCCAGAGGGGGUUUGCGUUUAGGAAGCUCUUGCCCUUCUGCAGAGGAGGGAGUUGGGCCUUGCUUUUAGUUUGGAUGCCUCACCUCCACCAUGUGUUGUGCUUUUUUGAACUUUAGAGGACUGAGUGGUUGCACACGGGCUCCUGUGAGUGCUGAUUGUCCCACAGCCCAUGAGGGCUGCUUGGUGCUGGUGUCCAGCCACUGGCAGAGCCUGGGGGCAGCCCCAGCUGCUUCUGGAAAGGCUGAGGGAGGCUGAGUCAGGAGAGCACUCCUCAUCCUGCCCCUCUUCUCAGGAGGUCCUCCGUGCCGAGGUUAACUUGUCUUUAGAAUGCAGGUGGCUGCAGCAGGUACACAGCCGUGGUGUGAGGUCAGAGUGGAGGUGGAAGGUGUGUUUUUGAUGAGGCUUUGUUGCUUUGCUGUGCUCAUUUGGGGAAAAAAAAUUAAAACAUAAUGCUGCUGCUGCUCUAGUUUUGCCUAUCCAUCUCUUCUGCUGCCCCCCGGCACCUCUGGUGGCACCUUCUCACUGUAGCCCUUGGGGUCCCUGGGUUUCGGCAUCUGCUGGGGACUGAUUGUUGUACUGUAACAAACUGAUGUGUUUAACCUCAGUGUCCUGCCACAUUCCACGUGGCAGUGCAGAGGGGGCCUUCUAGCUGUUAAUGCCUUCCCAGAUAUUUUAUCAAAAGUAAAAAAGAAAAAGGAAAACUGUAAAUGUAGCAAGCUGUGUUUGCAGUGCUUAAUGUCUCCUGUCUCUGAGGUUGGUUAUGUCAAUUGUCACUCACUGCUUGAAAUGGAUGCUGGGCUCUUCUUGAGAGGGUUGUUACACUUGAUGUUAAAUGCCUCACUAACUUUUUAAAAAUAUUCCAAUACAGGUAACAGAUAAAAUAAUUCCUUUCAUUUUUCUUUCUCUAAGCAAAUGUUCAUCUCGGUGGUGUGGAGCAGGUGGCUGGAGGGCAGCAUUUCCAGGAGUAGUUUACAGUUUCACUUUCUGCAGACACUUGAACAUAGGACCGAUGUACCUGUGACAAGCACAUCCCUUGGUGGGAAGCUCCAGAGGAGCAGGGAGUGCCCUGGGUGCCAGCCGGCCCCUGUGGAGUGUGCUGGGGUUCCUCCUGCUCUCCCCAGGUGUCAGCCCUGCACCGGGGUGCCUUGUGCCAGUGGUGCCCUCGUGGCACCACUUGGUCCCUCAAGCCUCCCUGGUGCAGCCCUGCUCCCUGUCUUCCCCCCCAGCCUGUCCUGGUCCCACUGGGCUUGGAAACCUUUGGAUCUGUGGCUCAGAGACACCCACUGAGCUGCAGCCCAGCGAGUGCAGCCUUCUGCUUCCUCGCCUGGAGCUAAAGGGUGAUGGUUUGAUGUGCUGGCCCUUCUCAAACCCUAUGUGUCCAACCUCAGCCUUCUAUUUCCCAAAACUAGAGAGUGUGUGCUACCUUCUUCAGCUGCAUUUAUAGUAGAGACAAACUUAAAAUGACUCAUCACAGACCAUGUAUCACUUGGGAGGAAAAUCUUGUUAAUACGGCCUGCUGUACAUGAUCCAUCUCUGUCGAUAGUACAUAAUCUUUGACCCAUGUGCUAGGAUCAUCAUCACGUAUAAAAGGAAAAGAGAAAAAUGUAAAAUACUUGAAUGAGAGCUUGUAUUAUAACAUUAAUAUUAUUCAGAGUAUCUGCUUUCUAGGCUGAUGUGAUUCAUUAUUCUAGUAAUGCUUUAGUCCUUUGUAAUUUGUGGUAAUUAUGCUUUUUCCUUUUUAAUACAAAAAAAAUGUAUAAAAAUAAAAAGUUCAAAAGACA